AUGUCCUUCUCUUCCGAACAAUUUGUUAAUAAGUUGACUAAACUGGAGGACUCUCAGGAGUCGAUUGCCAGUGCAUCCAAAUGGCUAUUAUCACAGCAUAGAGAUGCCCCAAAGAUUGCAGAGUGUUGGAAAACUUAUAUGCUUAGAAAGGAUAUUAACUCUAGAAGGAAAUUAUUGGGUAUCUACGUGGUGAACCAUGUAGUACAACAAGCUGCAGGACAAAAAAUAGGUCAUUUCCAAGAAGAUUUUGAUAAAGUUAUUGAAGAAGUAUUGACGACAACCUUCCCAGAGUUCUCAAGUGAUUUGAAAAAGAAGAUAAUUAGAGUAGUUAAUAUUUGGAAGAAUAGAGGCAUCUUCUCAAGACCAACUUUGAAUAAAGUUUUAAUUAGUUUCGAGAAGAAUAAAAACACCAAUGAAUCUGAUAAUUUGAAGCUUCCACCUAAAAUAAAACCAAUUGUGGAAAUGAUAAAAAAAAUAGAAAAGACCCAAGUAAACCUACAUGCAAUGAAGACUAGGUUUGAUAAUUCUAUUAAUGAGCUGGAUUCUUCUAGUGUAGUUUAUGAUGAAAAUUUCAAGACAGUUACCAAGAUUUCUGAUUUAGCUAAAGACACAAUUGCAAGCUCGAUCACUGAAAGAAACAAUCUUAUAAAUUUAUUUAAUGGGAUGAUAGAAGAGCAGAACAAGUUAAUAGUGGAAGAGCAGACUAUGGUUAGUGAAAUUGAUUUUGCACUUACUGCUAAAGAUCCUACCAAUAUCAAUAGCAAGGAUAAAGAUGAUCAAGAUAUAUUGCCUUCAUAUGAAGCAGCCGGAGAUGAUAAUGAUGAUAGUGAUAGUGAUAGUGACAGCGAUCUUGAAGAUCAAAAAGGAAGUAAUGUAGAUAAGUUAACAACCACAAAUGGCAUUCCACUAGAUACAGCAAAUGCUCUUGAGCAAAUGAAUACGUUGGUUCAAGAGGGUAAUUUAAAGCGAAAUAUCGAUGAAAUAGAACGCAGCGGUAAUAGUGAUGAAGAUGAAAAUAGUGUCAAAAGAACAAAAGGACAAGAUACGAAUGAGGGAGAUGUGUAUGAACCCACCAACCAAGAUUCCAAUGAAGAUGAAAAUGCUGACGAUAGCAAUGCUGUGACAUCUAGUAUACAAGAUUUGUUAAGCAAACUGGCAAAUUGA